AUGCCCAAGGAGGUCCGAGACAUCAAGGAGUUCAUCCAAAUUGCGACCCGCAAGGACGCCAAGUCCGCCCGGGUGAAGAAGACUCCCCCCAAGGUUGCUGGCGGAAAGACUGUAACCAAGUUCAAGAUCAGGUGCUCGCGAUACCUCUACACUCUCGCCCUCGAUGAUGUAGAAAAGGCAGAAAAGCUCAAGCAGAGUCUCCCUCCUGGCCUUGAGGUUCAGGAACUCAGCGCAUCAACCAAGACCAAGAAGAAGUAA